UAGGAAUGGGAAGGGCGCGUUUGCCUAGCUCGGAAAGCGCGGACCACAUCCGGGCAUCUGAGUGCGUGCUUGCCGUGCGGCUUGCAGUGUAGCGCCGGCGGCCAUGCUGAAGUGCACGAUGAACGGCGGUCAACUGAAAGUAUUUGGGAAGGCAAUCCAAGCUCUAGCACGACUGAGUAGUGAGUUAUGGCUUGACCCAUCGAAGCAAGGUCUUAUGCUGCGAUCUAUGAAUUCUUCUUCGUCAGCAUAUGGAUACGUCCUCUUCUCUCCUGUGUUUUUUGAACAAUAUCAAUGGUCAACCUCAGGGACAAUGAAUAAUAAUAACAUUCCACUGACUUUAAAUUGCAAGUUCACAAUGCAGUCAGUUCUGCCCAUCUUUAAAUGUCUGAAUUUCCUUGAGAGAAAUGUUGAGAAGUGCAAAAUAUUCACCAAAUCUAAGCAGUGCAGAGUUAUUAUUCAGCUCUUCUGCAAACACGGUAUUAAAAAGACUCAUAAUAUACGCUUUGAAGAAAGCCAGCCUGUGGAAGUUCUUCUGGAAAAGAACAUGUGUACUAAUAUACUAGUGAUUCAGCCAAGAUUACUGGGGGAGAUGGCUGCUCUUUUUCCAUCAACUGUGGAGGAAGUUACCCUCGCCGUCACUUUAGCAGAUUUUUGCCUCAAGAGUCCUAAUGAGCAAGCAAUGGACACGACCAGUUCUGUGCACAGCUUGGUAUGUGUGGACAGAGACGAGUUUGACUUCUUUCAGAUUGGAUUGGAUACUGAAAUAACGUUUUGUCUCAAAGAUUUGAAGGGAUUCCUGACGCUCUCUGAAGCUGUGCGUGGUCCUGUCGCCAUGCAUUUUGAUUUUCCUGGGAGGCCUGUGGCGCUAAGUAUUAAUGAUAUGCUAUUGGAAGCUCAUUUCUACUUGGCUACCUUAGCUGAUGACUCCAGCAGACCGCCUUCACCACUGUCACUGUGCCUGCCCCAGGAAGGACAAAGGUCAAGUCCAGUCCGGACAAAGCUGAAUGCUGGUCAGUGUGGAAGCAGCCAGGUCGCAGAGAGCAUCUCGAGGAAAAUGCCACGGAAAAGGCUGCGACCCCCUGAAACUCCCCCGGAGAGCCAUGCCCAGGAAAACCACAGCAGCCCUCAGAUGGAGAAAGCACCUGACAGAGAGCACUCAGGGGCGGAGCCCAGCCCAGUGCUCAGGAGGUUUUCUUCCGUGUUCUUUGGAGCAGUCUCUCUCAACCAGGAAGAACACGCCAAUCUCUUCCCACAGUCGGCAGUAGCAAGUGACAGUGACCAGGACACGAGUAACAUGUGAUCUUUCAUGGGGCCGGGGCUGCCCAGGAGGAAGCUCGAGCUGCACGACUGGCCAUCCUUGUUGGAGGAAGGACGUUGUCUGUACAAUGACUGUAUCUAGAGAACACCACUCAAGAGGCAGACGUCUUCGGUGCAGAACACAGCGCAUCAGAGUUGUUCGGUGCAUAGUAGUAAGGUCUCUGGAGUCUCUGGAGGCGAUACCGAGGCGGCAGGGUUCCCGGCUCGUGCACUGCAGGGAUGUGCGCCUUUUCUGCAGGCGCCAGGCGCAUGGAGGACACUCACCACGGUGUAGCAUAUGCUUUUACUACUACUGUACUUGCUGGGAGCACUUGGGUUUCGCUGUUUUCAGAACUAGCAAAAACUUACCCCUUUCUCCUCGUGAUGACAUGACUUUUUAUCCUUUGUUUUUUGAGAUUUUUAAAGUAAGCCUGGAAUUAGGAAAAAUGGUCAAGAAUAAAAUAUAGCUACCUUAUUCUUGAAGUUAUUGUAAAAUUCUCUUUCCUGGCCUUCAAUUGUUCAGAUUUCUGUAUAACUUCUAUUCUGCAGUGGGACGUAGUAAAGUAGCCAGAGAUAAUGCCAAAUACGUCUGUACUAGCUGGCGCAGGACAGCCCCCACUCAGAGCCUGGAGUAGAAUGAGGGAGACAAGUCUCAAUUGUUUGCUUUUUUAAAAGAAUCAGCCCGGGCUGAGAAUGUGGCUUAGUGGUAGAGUGCUUGUCCAGCAUGCAAAA